AGCUGCCGCAGGACACCAUGAAGCUGCUACCAGUGUUGGAGCCUGGAGGCAAGCCCAGGAAAGCAACAUGGUACACCUUGACCCCCCCUGGAGAUGGCCCCUGUGCUCGGGUUGGCCACAGCUGUUCAUAUUUACCCCCAGUCGGUGACGCCAAGAGAGGGAAGGUCUUCAUUGUUGGGGGAGCAGAUCCAAACAGGAGCUUCUCAGAUGUGCACACCAUGGAUCUGGGAACACACCGGUGGGAUUUGGCUGCCGCGGAGGGCCUUUUGCCCCGUUACGAGCAUGCCAGCUUCAUUCCCUCUUGUGCACCUCAUACCAUCUGGGUGUUUGGAGGUGCUGACCAGUCAGGAAAUCGAAAUUGCCUACAAGUUCUGAAUCCUGAAACGAGGACUUGGACAAUGCCAGAGGUGAUCAGCCCUCCACCAUCUCCAAGGACAUUCCACACAUCCUCUGCAGCCAUUGGAAACCAGCUGUAUGUCUUUGGGGGCGGAGAGAGAGGUGCCCAGCCUGUGCAGGAUGUGAAGCUGCAUGUGUUUGACGCAAACACUCUGACCUGGUCACAGCCAGAGACACUUGGCAAACCUCCAUCCCCCCGGCAUGGUCAUGUAAUGGUGGCAGCAGGGACAAAGCUCUUCAUCCAUGGAGGCUUGGCAGGGGACAAAUUCUAUGAUGAUCUCCAUUGCAUUGAUAUAAGUGACAUGAAGUGGCAGAAGCUAAGUCCCACUGGGUCAUCUCCCACAGGCUGUGCUGCCCACUCAGCUGUGGUUGUGGGGAAACACCUGUAUAUCUUUGGAGGGAUGACUCCCACAGGAGCCCUGGAUACAAUGUACCAGUAUCACAUAGGUGAGCAGGUGUUCACUGUGGGUCUUUAA